AUGUGGUACUCCUGGAGCGACGGGACCCCACUGUCCCACACCAACUGGGCUGACGGGGAGCCCAACAACCACGAGGGCCGCGAGGAGUGUGUGGAGAUGGUGAGCAGCCCCAGCGGGACGUACUCCUGGUGGAACGACCUGAACUGCGACGCCCAUCAGGACUGGAUCUGCAAGAUCGUGAAGGGGAAGGAGCCUGUCGAGCCCCGGGUGGCCCCCACCCCUCUCCCAGCGCUGGAGUGCGGUUCGAAUCCCGGCUGGAGGAAGUACAACGGCAUCUGCUACUACUACAACGACACGGACAUGGUGGACUUCCACACGGCGGUGCUGCGCUGCUACGCCGAGAAGGCUCUGCUGGUGUCCAUCCUCAACCAGCACGAGCAGGCCUACGUCAACAGGAUGGUCGGCACCGGGAAGGUCUCCGCAGCCUGGAUCGGACUGAGGAAGUUUGGCGUGGCCAGCGGACAGUACCUCUGGGUGGACAACUCGCCGGUCUCCUACACUCACUGGAGUCCCGGUGAGCCCAACAACGCCAACGGGGAGGAGCAGUGUGUCCAGAUGAACAGACAUCAAGGUGGAUGGAACGACGUCAACUGUGGGUGGGCCGGGGCGGGCUACGUCUGUAAGAAAUACCACGGAGACGACCACACUGCGCCCCCGCCCACCCAGCCCUGGGAGGGAAACUGUCCGGAAGGCUGGAUGCGUUUUAAGGACAAGUGCUUCCUGUUCAAAGGGAAAGCCAACGACAUCCAUGGCUCCUGGUUCUUCGCUCGGGACUGGUGCAAAGAUCAGGGAGCCAAUCUGGCCGUCAUCGACAGCCAGGAUGAGAACAACUUUGUGACCAGCUACCUGAAGGACCUGCAGCACCAGACGUGGAUCGGCCUGUCGGACCUUCUGGUGGAGAACCAGUACGCCUGGAGCGACGGGGUCAGCUCGGUACUCUACACCAACUGGAACGACAACGAGCCCAACAACGUGGGCGGAGCGGAACACUGCGUGGCCAUCACUCACACCAUGGUGGCGAGCGGCAGGUGGAACGACGACGCCUGCAGCAAGAACCACAGCUUCGUCUGCUCCAUGAAGAAAUCGAGCAGCAUCGAUCCCUCCCCGGCGACCAAGCGCCCCUGCCCGUCCGGCUACAUCUCCUGGUACCAGAACUGCUACAAGCUGGUGGAGGAGGCGGCGAGCUGGGAGGCGGCGCAGGCCGCCUGCCGGCAGCAGGACCGGGGGGACCUGGUCAGCGUGGACUCCAGCUACGAGCAGGCCUUCCUGUCCGGGGUGGUCCUGCAGGGCAAACACGAGGCCUGGAUGGGACUCCGGCGCCAGGGCGACGGCUCCUACAAGUGGUCGGACGGCUGGCCGGUGUUCUUCACCCAGUGGGGCCCCGGAGAGCCCAGCAACCUGCAGGACGAGGGCUGCGUCAGCAUGCACGCCGCCUUCCCCUUCCACGGCACCUGGAACGACACCGACUGCGCCGUGGCCAAGUCCUACAUCUGCAAGAUCUCCUACGACUCUCCGCCGCCGACCCCCGCCCCCGGCGACGGGCAGUGUGUGUUGGACUUUGUGCCGUACGGCCGCCACUGUUACUACACGUACGACGGGAGGAAGGGCUUCUCCUGGUCCGAGGCGCAGCACAGCUGCCAGCAGGCCCACGCCGAGCUGGCGUCCUUCCACAGCCGGGCAGAGGUGGAGUUCAUCGUCAGCCUCAACCGCACCAAGUACCUCCACCUGUGGAUCGGCCUGACCCGGGACAGGAACUUCAGCUGGGGGUGGACCGACAAGACGGCCGUGGGCUUCCUCAACUGGGCGGCGGGCGAGCCCAACGCGGCAUUCCACCCCGGGGAGACCGGCGAGGAGGAGUGCGUGGAGAUGUACCACGACGGCCUCUGGAACGACAACAACUGCCUGGAGAGGAGGGGCUUCGUCUGCCGCCACCGCCAGUACUACCACACGGACGAGAACAAGGACCCGGUGUUUCCCACUGAUGAUCCCGGCAGCGGCAGUGACGGCGGCAAUGGUGGCGUGAUCGCCGGCGCCGUCAUUGGUGUCAUCGGUGCCAUCCUGGUCGUCUGCCUCAUUUGUAAAUUUCUGUUUGACGCCAUCCGCGCCCGAGGCCGCAUGCAGGUCAGCAUCAGCUUUUCAGCCAAUCCCACAUCGAGCGGCGUGUUGGCGUUCAACAACCCCAACGUCUGAGAGGAGUAAAUCACCGGGACGGCGACCGCGAUGCGUUCUGUUCAAUCAGCAAU